GAGAAGAAAAGAUCUGAGGGGGUGGGGCGUCUGACAAUUGGCUUUUGGGGGAGGUGCUGUAUUAAAGAAAAGCCGAGAAAAAGGGAAGGGCUCAAUAAAGAACCGCGCGUUGGAGUCGGUGCGACAGCGACAGUGGCAGCAGCAGCAGCAGGUGUUUGUGUGACGCGAUAUAGAGUUAGCAAUCUGCAGUCAUGGACUAUGUUUGGUGCCCUUUCAAUUCUGAACAUAAAGUUCGUGGCACAGAACUUAGGAUGCACAUGACAACAUGCCAGAGCAUGCCUGUAGAGAAGCCAGCUGAACCACACUUACCGGUACCUAAAAAGAGGACAAACUGGAAUACUAUGCUGCCAAACCCAACAAGGAAUGUUGAGGUGGAAACCAGAUUUUAUGCUUCACAAGAUCCAGAGAAGCUUCUGCAGUGCCCAUAUGAUACAAAUCACCAGAUCAGAGCCUGUCGUUUCCCAUAUCAUUUGAUAAAGUGCAAGAAAAAUCACACUGAUAUUGCAAUGCAGCUUGCAACCUGUCCCUUCAAUGCUCGUCACCUGGUUCCAAGGGCUGAACUCAGUCGCCACAUCUUAAGCUGUGAUGAUAGAAGCUGCAUUGAACAAGAUAUUGCUGGUGAAAAGAGUUAUUACCAAAGAGAUGCAAGUCCCUGCACCUGGAAAACCCCACCAUGUGAGGAAGAUUGGGACAAAGAUCUGCAGAAUAAUAAAGCAACAUUUAUGUGGGGCAUUCCUUCUUACCCUGUACCUAGCACUUCUGGGACAAACAUCUUAAUGGAUGCUAAGAAUAACCUUGGUUCAAGCCUACGUGCUCCUAAAUCGCUGCCUUACAUUUUGCCUUGGAAGAUGCAUACAAAGAGAGACUGAUUUAAUGCAGUUAAUGUCCAAAUCUAAGAAGAAAGUUUACUGUUCUGUCCUGUGUUUUGUGUUAACUGUUAAGAGUUCAGUUUGAUGACCCAACUGUGAGCUGGGGAGAAAUAUCUGGUUUAUAAUUGUCAGUAGAUGAGUUGGCAAAUUCUUCUACUCCUGGAAAUAAAGAUGCAAAUAUUCAUGCUUUGAGUGAGAAACUUGUAAAAUACACACAGCUUUCAACUACCUGUAACAACAAACACAACUGUGCAAUGGAAACCUGUGUUUCUUGUAAGUCCAGUGGCAUCUGUAGCCAUUUAAUUUUGUGUGUAUGAUUGGACCGGAUCGCUUAAAGGUCACCAUUUGCUAGAAAUGCGUUUUCCUGCAGUCCAGAUGGGGGAAUAAGGAAGUACGGCUACAAAGAUGCACCCCUCUUAUCGAGUAUUGUGGUGGUCCAAACUGGCUGCCUAAUCGUGAUGUGUGGCUUUGCUGAGGCAUGCAUAGGUUUUUAUUCGGUUCCUACAGCCAGGACACUUACUCACCUGGAAGCUUUAUUACACAUAAGCGUACUGGGGGGGGGGGGCAUCUUUGAAAUAGUAUUACUGUGUUAACUGAAUAACAAACCCAUCUGUUGAUUUUCAUUUAAUUUCCAGCGCCGAGGUUGGCAAUAUUUGUUUUAAAGCCUUUUUAGGCCAUCAUUUCCGUCCUACCCGUAAUCCACUUUAUUAUAGGCAAAGCCUCAACCACUCUGUUAGUAAAAUAUAAAAUACUGAGGUAACAAGACCUAACACUCUUAGCAAGAUUAAGACAAUGUUAUUCCUUGUUAUAAGUUGGUCGGAUUGUUACACGCUCUGCAGGAUGUUAUGUUAAGUAUAUGCAAGAUCCAAAUCAAGAUCUUUUCUCUGUUGGUUACUCUUUAAAUAAAGUAAUAUUUUGAUUCUA